UUACAAGGAGUUACAGGGGUUUACAAGGGGUUACAGAGGUUUACAAAAGGUUACAAGGGGUUACAUGGGGUUAGAACGGGUUACAGGGGUUACAAGGGGUUACAGGGGGUUACAAGGGCUUACAUAGGGUUACAAGGGGUUACAGGGGGUUACAGGUGGUUGCAAGAGGUUACAAGGGGUUACAGAAGGUAACAGGGGUUUAGAAAGAGUUAAAGAGGGUUACGAAAAGUUACAAGGGGUUACAAAGAGUUACAAGGGAUUAAAGGGGGUUACAAAUGGUUGGAAGAGGUUGCAGGGGGUUACAACGGGUUACAAGAAGUUACAAGGGGUUACAUGGGUUACAUGGGGUUACAGGGUUUACAAAGGGUACAGGGCGUUACAAGGCAUUAAAGGGCCUUACAAGGGGUUACAGAGGUUUAGAAAAGGUUACAAGGGGUUACAGGGGCUUACAAGGAGUUACAUAGGGUUGCAACGGGUUACAGCGGGUUACAAGGGGUUACAGGAGGUUACAAGGGCAUACAUAGGGUUACAAGGGGUUACAGGAUUUUACAGAAGGUAAAGGGGGUUACAAAGAGUUAAAGGGGGUGACAAGGGGUUACGAGGUAUAUAGGGGGUUACAUUGGGUUUCAAGGGUGUAGAGAUGUUGCAAGAGGUUACAAGGGGCUACGGGGGUUACAAGGGGUUACAGGGAAUUACAGGCCGUUACAAAGGGUCACAGGGAGUUACAAGGGGUUACAGAGGGUUAAAGGGGGUUACAAGGAAUUACAGGGUGCUUCAACUGGUUACGAGUGAUUACAGGGUGUUACCAGGGGUUACAGGGGUUAAAAGGGGUUACAAGUUCUUAGAGAAUGUUAAGGGAGUUAUUGGGGGUUACAGGGGUUAAAAGGAGCUACAGGGCGUUUCAAGGGGUUACCCGGAAUCACAAAGGGUUACAGGGGGUUACAAGGGGUGGCGAUGUGUCGCAAGUGGUUACGUGGAGUUACAAGGGUUUACAGCGGCUGACCAUGGCUUACAAAGAGUUACAUAGGGUUACAAGCGGUUACAAUGGGUUACAUGGGGUUACAAAAGGUUACAGGGGGUUACAAGAGGUUAAAGGGGGUUGAUAGGGUUUACACGGGGUUACAGAAGGUUACAAGGUGUUACAGGGAAUACGAGGGGUUACAAGAGGCUACCGGGGGUUUCAAGCGGUUACAGGGGGUUACAAGGGGUGACAGGGGUUACAAGAGGUUAUAGGGGGUUACAAGAAGUUACCGGGAAUUACAGGAGUUAAGGGGGGUUACAAGGGCUCUUAUGAGGAUGCAACGGGUUACAGGGGUUUAUGUGGCGUUACCGAGGGUUACAAGGGGUUACAGGGGUUUAUAUGGCUUUACCGAGGGUUACAAGGGGUUACCAGGGGCUACAAUGGGUGACAAGAGCUUAGAAGAGGUUACUGGGGCUAAAAAGGGGUUACGAGGGGUUACAAAGGGUUACAGGGGGCUACAAGACCUAGAGGGGGAUACAAGGAGUUACAGGGGGUUACAAGGGGUUACAAGAGGUUAUAAGGAGUUACAGGGGGUUACCGGAGGACACAAGAGGUUACAAGAGAUUACUAGGGGUUACAAGUGGUAACAAGGGGUUACAUGGGGUUAGAAGAAGUUACAAGGGGUUAAAAGGUUGCAAGAUGUUACAACGGGUUGCAGAUGUUACAAAGGCUUACCUUGAAUUACGGGUAGUUACAAAGGGUCACAUUGAGUUACAAGGGGUUACAGAGGGUAACAGGGGUUUACAAGGGAUUACAGGGGGUUAAUAAUAAUAAUAAUAAUAAUAAUAACCUUUAUUUAUUACCUUUGGCGGUAAGAAUUACUGUAAUAUUACAAUAAAAAUUUAAAACAGUACAUAUUAAAUAUACAUCUCAAAUUAAGUUAAGUUUAGCACCUCUAGGAAUAAAUGAUUGUUUGUGCCUAACAGUGCGUGAUACAGGUAUUCUGAGGUGCGCUGGGGUAGUCUUACAAGAUGUUAGAUUAUGGCCAUGAUCCACUGGCUUUUCUAAAAAACGUUUACAAGGAUGAGCUUCUGAUUCUAGGAUACGUCUAAAUUCUUUCCUCAACAAAUUCUGACGCCUAGUUACAAGUGACUCAACAGUAUCCCUAGGGAGACCAAUGAAAUUUUGACAUGUAUUCUGCACUCUCUGUAGAAGGGGUUACAAGUGAUUACAGGGGGUUACCAGGGGUUACCAGGGGUUACAGGGGUUAAGAAAGGUUACCAGGGGUUUUAAGUAGAAACAAGGGGUUACAGCGGGUUAAGGGCGAUACCGGGGUUUACAGGGAUUACAAGGGGUUACAGGGCGUUUCAAGAGGUUACCGGGAAUCACAAGGGGUUACAGGGGGUGACAAGGGGUUACAAAAGGUUAGAGGGGGUUAUAGGUGGUUGGAGGAGGUAAGAAGAGGUUACCAGGCGUUACAAAAGCUUACAAGGGGUUACGUCGGGUUACAAAGGGUUACAGCCGUUGACAAGGGCUUACAAGGAGUUACAUACCGUUACAAGCGGUUACAAGGGGUUACAAUGGGUUAGAAGGGGUUAAAGGGGUUACAAGGGGUUAAGGGAGGUUAAAAAGGUUUACAGGGAAUACGAGGGGUUACAAGGGGCUACCGGCGGUUACAGGCGGUUAAAAGAGGUUACAAGGGGUUACAAGAGGGAACAGGGGGUUGCAAGGGGUCUUAAGGGGAUUACAAGGGGCAACAGGGGGUUACAAGGGGUGACAAGAGGUUAAAGGUCGUUGCAAGAAGUUACAAGAAGUUACAGGGGGUUACAAGGCGUUACAGGGAGUUAAAGGCCGUUACAAACGGAAACUGGGACUUACAAGGAGUUACAGGGCCAUACAGGGGUUUACAAAGCGUUAUGGAGGGUUACAGUGGUUACAUUGGGUUACAAAAGGUUUCAAGAGGUUACUCGGAAUUACAAAGGGUAGAGGGGUUACAAGGGGUGACAAGGGGUUACAAGGGGUUGCAAGCCGUUACAGGUGGUUACAGGAGAUUACAGGGGAUAAGAGGAGGUAACAUUGGUUAAAAAAAGUUACGAGGGGUCACAGGAGGUUACAGGGGGUUACAUGGAGUUACAAGGGGUUACUAGGGGUUAGAGGGGAUUAGGAGGGGUUGCAAGAGGUUACAAGGGGUUACAUGGAGUUACAAGUUGUUACAUAGGGUUACAAGGGGUUACUAGGGGUUAGAGGAGCUUACAAGGGGUUACAUGCGGUUACAAGGGGUUACUGUGGGGUAAAAGGGGUUACAUGGCUUAGAAGGGGUGACCGGGGGUUACAAGAAAUUAGAAAAGGUUACAGGGGCUUACAAGGGCUUACAUACGGUUACAUAGGGUUACAGGGGCUUACAAGGGGUUACAUGGGGUUACAAGGGGUUACAUUAGGUUACAAGGGGUUAUAGGGGCUUACAAGGGGUUACAUAGGGUUACAAGGGGUUACGGGGGCUUACAAGGGGUUACAUGGGGUUGCAAGGGGUUACAGGGGUUAGUAGGGGUUACAUGGGGAUACAAGGGGUUAGAGUGGGUUGCAAUGGGUUACACGGGUUAUAAGGGGUUACAAGGGCUUAAAAAGAGUUACAAAGGGUUACAAGGUGUUACAGGUGGUUACAACAAGUUACAAGGGGUUACAGAGGAUUAGAGAAGGUAACAGGGGGUUACAAAGGGUUAAAUGGGGUGACAAGGUGUUACAAGAGGUAACAGGGGGUUACAUUGGGUUUCAAGGUGUAAAGGUGGUUGCAAGAGGUUACAAGGGGUUACAGGGGGUUACAGGGGUUACAGGGAGUUACAACCAGUUACAAAGUGUUACAGGGAGUGACAAGGGGUUACCGGGGGUUACAGAAGGGUAGAAGGUUAGAAGGGGUUACAAUGGGUUACAGGGGCUUACAAGGGGUUACGAGGAGUUAAAGAGUGUUACAGGUGGUUACAAGAGGUUACAAGGGGUUACAUGGCGUUACAAGGGGUUAAAGGUGGUUGCUGGAGGUUACAAGGAGUGACAAGGGGUUACAAGCGGUAAAAAGAGGUUAUAUGGGAUUACAAGCGGUUACAGCUGGUUACAGGAGGUUACAUGGGGUAACAGGGGGUUACAAGGGGUUACAGAGGCUGAAAAGGGGUUACAUGGCGUUACAAGGGGUCAAAGGUAGUUGCAAAAGGUUACAAGAGGUUACAAGGGAUUAAGAAAGGUAACAGGAUGUUAGAAGAGGUUAAAGGGGGUUACAAGGGGUUAAAUUAGGGUUACAAGGAGGGACAUGGGGUUACAAGGGGUUACAGGAGAUUACUAGGGGUGACAAAGGUGUACAAGAGGUUAAGAGAGGUUAUAGCGGGUUAAAAGCGGUUAGAGGUGGUUACAGGAGGUUACAAGGGCUUACAUGGCGUUUCAAGAGGUAAGAAAAUGCUAGAGGGGGUUACAGGUGGUUGCAAAAGGCUAAAAAGGGUUAGAAAGACUUACAGGAGGUUAAGACGGGUUAAAAGGGCUUAAAAGGGCUGAGAACGGCUUACAUAGAGUUACAAGGGGUUAAAUGGGGUUACAUAGGGCUGAAAGCGGUUACAAGGUGUUAAAAUAACUUACAGGGUUACAGGUUACAUGGGAUUACAAGGGGCUACAGUGGAUUACAAGGGUUUACAGGGGUUACGGGGGUUAAAAGAGCUUACAGGGGGUUACAAGGGGUUAAGACGGGUUACAAAGGGUUAUUGGGGGUUACAAGGAGUACAUGGCGGUUAGAAGGGGUUAGCGAGGCUUACAAGGUUACAUAGGGUUACAAGGGGUUACAGAAACUUAAAAAAGGAUUCAUGGGGUUACAAAGGGUAAUGAAGGACUACAAACGGUUAGAAGAGGUUAGAAGGGGUUGCACGGAGUUAAGAGGGGUUAAAACGUUUCACAGGGAGUUCUAAAGUGUUAUAGGGGGUUACAGAAGGUGACUGGGAGUUACACUGAAUACAAUUGGUUACAAGAGGUUACAGGGGGUUACAAAGGGUUUCAAGAGAUUACAGGGGGUUACCGGGGUGUACAGGAGGGUUACAAGGGGUUUAAAGAAGAUACAAAGGGAUACAGGGGGUUACAGUAGUUCACAGGGGUUGGAGGGAUUUACAACAGGUUACAAGGCGUAAAAUACGUUACAGAGGGUAACAAGGGGUUUCAAGGGUUUAAAGCGCGAUUAAAGGGGGUUACAGGAGGUAAGAAGGAGUUAUAAGGGGUUUCAAGGGGUUACAACGGAUUACAGAAGAGUACAGGUGGUUACAGAAGGUAACAAGGGAUUACAAGGGGUUAAGGGAGGUAACAGGGGGUUACAAGGGGUUACAAGGGGUUACAUUUGGUUACAAAUGGUUACAAGGUGUUACAGGGGUUACAAGGUGUUACAAGAGGUUACAGGGGUUGCAAUUGGUGAUAAGAGGUUAUACGGGGUUGCAAAAGGUUACAGGAGCUAACAAGGCGUACAGGGGGUUACAAGGGGUUACAGGGGCUUACAAAGGGUUAUAGGAGCUUACAAGGGGAUACAUGGGGUUAAAACGGGUAACUGUGGGUUACAAGGGGUUACCCAGGCUUGCAAGGGGUUACAGGAGGUUACAAGGGGUUAAAAUGGGUCACAGGGAGUUGCAAGGGGCUACAGGGGGUUACAAAUGGUUACAAGGGGUUACAGGGGGUUACAAAUGGUUACAAGGGGUUACAGGGGGUUACAAAGUGUUACAAGGGAUUACAGAGGGUUACAAGGGGUUAAAUAGGGUUACAAGGGGUUAUAGGAGCUUACAAGGGGAUACAUGGGGUUACAACGGGUUACUGUGGGUUACAAGGGGUUACCUGUGCUUGCAAGGGGUUACAGGAGGUUACAAGGGGUUAACAUGGCCACAGGGAGUUACAAGGGGCUACAGGAUGUUACAAAUGGUUACAAGGGGUUACAGGGGGAUUCAAGGUGUUACAAGAGGUUACAGGGGUUGCAAUUGGUGAUAAGAGGUUAUACGGGGUUGCAAAAGGUUACAGGAGCUAAUAAGGCGUACAGGAGGUGACAAGGGGUUACAGGGGCUUACAAAGGGUUAAAUAGGGUUACAAGGGGCUAUAGGAGCUUACAAAGGGAUACAUGGGUUACAACGGGUUACUGUGGGUCACAAGGGGUUACCCGGGCUUGCAAGGGGUUACAGGAAGUUACAAGGGGUUAAAAUGGGUCACAGGGAGUUACAAGGGGCUCCAGGGGGUUACAAAGUGUUAUAACGGAUUACAGAGGGUUACAAGGGGUUACAAUGGGUUACAAAGGGUUACAAGGGAUUACAGGGGUUACAUGGGGUUACAGGGGGUUACCUGGGCUUAGAAGAGGUUAAGGGGGGUUACAAAAGGUUACAGGGAUUACAAAGGGUAAUAAAGUGUUACAGGGGCUUAGAGGAGACUAGAAGGGGUUACAGGCAGUUACAAAGGGUUAAAAGGGAUCACAGGGAGUUACAGAGGGUUAGAGGGGGUUACAGAAAGUUACAAGGGAUUACGGGAAAGACAUGGGGUUAUAACGGGUAACAUG